AUGCGUUUCUCUCUCGCUCUCGCUCUGCCUCUGGCUCUCUCCGUUGCCGCCCUCAAGGUCACCGAACCCACCAAGGGUGAGGAGGUUGAUGUCUCCAAGUCGUUCACUGUGAAGUGGGACAGCGUCGACACCGAUGCCUCCACUGUCGACAUCGUCCUUGUCAACAACGCCAUCUACCCCUCCGUUGAGGAGAAGAUUGCCUCCGACAUCGACACCUCCAAGGGCUCCUACACUGCCUCCGGUCUCAAGGAUAUCGCCAAGGGUUCCGGCUUCCAGGUCAACCUGCUCUCCACCUCUGAGAAGAACACUGGCAUCCUCGCCCAGUCCCAGCAAUUCAACGUGACCGAGGCUGCUGAGAGCUCCUCUUCCGCUACUUCUACUGGUACAUCGUCCACUGUUUCUUCUUCUUCUGCUGCUUCUACCUCUGGUGUCUCUACUGGAUCUUCCACUGCUGGUUCCUCCACCACUGGUUCUUCCACCGAGGCUUCCACUACCGGUACUUCUUCCCUUCGUAUCCCCACCGGAUCCCUUUCUGGAACCCAUACUGGAACCCGCACUGGAAAUUCUACAAGCACAUCCACCAGCAAGCAUAGUACUAAUACAUCUUCCACAGUCACCAGCGUCGCCACUCUGACCGGCACCGCCGGCACCGCUACCGGCACCACCACCGGUACCUUCACCCAGACUGGUCUCGCUACCAGCGCCUCUGCUUCCGGCACUGCUAGCGGCUCCGCUUCCGCUUCCCCCACUCCCUCCACCGGUGCUGCUAUGUCUCUCAUUGCUCAGCCCAUCGCCUUCGUUGGUGCCAUCGCCGGUGCUCUCGCUCUUAACCUGUAA